UAGGUCCUGGGCUGGCAGUUUGCCCUUUCGCAGCACCGAUCCUUACCGGGGCCCCUCUGUUUCUAGAACCAAGGUAUUCACCUUGAACACUGACAUGACAGUCAUCAAGACAAACAUUGGAAAUACAGGAAUGUGCAUCGGGCCGCCGUUGAUUGUGCGUCCGCAUUCCUGAGUGUCGCCCGGCGCCAACUCUUCCCCGGCGUUGCUGGGCGUGCAGCUGCUGGCGAUCCACAAAGGGGCUAUAGGCUGAAACAAAGGUUGUAGAGAGUGUGGCAGGCUCUACCGUUCUAGGAAAAUGGACCUGGAGGCAGCUCAAGCGGCGGUGGAACGGGCGUGCGAGGAGUUCAAGGUUCCCGCCACCGCCGCUGCCGCCUCGGCGGUCCUGCUGCAGUUUCGCUCCUCCCCCGGUGUGCUAGGCGCCUGCCGCCACAUCUUGGACCGCUCACACUCAAUAGAUGCACGCUUCCACGCCGCCGCGGCGCUGCGUGAGUCUGUGGUGCGGGACUGGGCGGCGCUGGGUCCGGGUCCGGAGGGCCGCACCGCACUGCGCCGCUAUCUACUGGGGUACCUGGCGGCGGCGGCGGAGCAGCCCGCGCUGCAGGUGGUGCGCUCCUCGCUCAUCUCGGCGCUGGCGGUGCUGCUCAAGCGCGGCUGGCUGGAGCCGGGUGAGGGGCCGGCCAGCCGCGCGGCGUUCUUCCAGGAGCUGGAGGCGGCCACGUCGCAGUCAGCCGCCGCGCGGCGUGUGGGCGUGCAGGUGCUGGAGGCUGUCGUGGGCGAGUUCGCGGUGUCCUCCGCCAGCCCGCUGGGACUGCCGCUGGAGCACCACGCCAAGUGCGCGGCGGACAUGCAGGACCACUACCUCCAGGGCAUCUUCCGCCACGCCGUGGGUCUGGGCCGCGCCGCCGCGCAGCAGCACGACGGCGACACCUGCGCCGCCUGCCUGUCCCUUAUGGCCGCCAUACUGGCCUGGGACUUCAGGCGCAGCGCCGCAUCCUCCUUCUCAGCCGCAGCCGCCGCCGCAGCAGCCCGCCACCACCAGGCCAACGGUGGCCUGCACGGCGCACCGGGCGGCGGCGCGGGCGGCGGCGGUAGCGGCAUGGGGCUGGGGCUGGGGGCGGGACCUUCGGCGGGCGCGGACUGGGCGUCGCUGCUGCUGGCGCCUGAUACGUUGGACUGGGUGGCGGCACUGCUGCAGCAGCUGACGGCGGCGGCGGCGGCGCCGGGCGCGCCGGCGGCUGCUCGGGAGCUGGUGGCCCGGGCGCGGAGUGUGGUGGUGGCUCUCAGCAACCUGUCCGCGGACGUGUUCCCCAGGGAGGGUCCGGAGGCGCUGACGGGGCCGGGCGGCGGCGUGCGCGGCGGCUACCUGCGCGCGGUGCUGCGCUGUGUGGUGGCCUGGGUGGCGGCGCCGCGGGAGGUGGUGGCGGCGGCGGCGGCCGGCGACGAGCUGCCGCUGUGGGAGGCGUGCAAGGCGCUGCUGGCGCUGGCGGCGGCGCACCCGCCGCGACUGAUCCAGGGCGCGGGCGAUGACGUGGUGGCGGCGGCGUCAGGUGGCCUGCACGCCGGUGGUGGCUUCCUGGCUCUGCUGCAGGCGCUGACGCUGGAGGUUAUCCGCGCCAGCUGCGCGGCGGAGGCGGGUGGCGGCGGAGGCGGCGUGGGGGGCCUGGAGCAGUGGGCGGUGGAGUGCCGCGACAUGCUGGUGGAGACCUGGGCGCUGAUGGUGCAGCGCGACUGCGGCGGCGGGGGGCUCAACCCGGGCCUGGCGCUGUCGCUGGCGGUGGGCGGCAUGGGCCCGCCCACACUGCCCGGGCUGGCGGAGGGCGCGGCGGCGGUGUUCGGGGCGCUGGUGGAGGCGGCGCUGGCGGCGGCGGGGCAGGAGGCGGAGGACGAGGGCGACGAGGACGUGUCCGCGGAGAACGAGGCGGCGGAGGCGGCGGCGGAGGACGCGCGCAUGGCGGAGGCCGCCGCGCUGGCCCGCGCCGCGCCCGCCGCCACCUUCCCGCUGCUUGCCGCGGCCAUGGGCGCCGCGCAGCAGCAGCUGCUGGCGGCGGCGGGGCCGGGCGGCCCCGGGGCCGGCAGCCCGGCCUGGGCGGUGGCCCUGGAGCGGCUGUGCUGGCUGGUGCGCAUGGCGGCGCACUGCCUCGCGGACAGCGGCGCGGGCGAGACGCCACUGAUGCCGCUGACACUGUCCAUCGCGGUGGAGGCGGGCGGGCCGGCGCUGGCGGCGGUGGAGGGGCUGACGGCGGCGCUGCUAGCGCUGCCGGCGCUGGCGCUGCAGGAGGGCGCGGCGGCGGUGCUCAGCCCCAGGCUGAUGGAGUGCUGCGUGUGGUCCCUGGCGCGCUGGAGCGACACCUACCUCUUCCCCGAGGAGCCCGAGGGCCUGCCCGCGGCCCUGGUGGCCGCCUACGCCACGCGCGCGGGCGGCGCGGCCGGCGGCGUGGCGGCGGGCAGCGUGGCGGCGGCGGGCGGGCACGUGGGCCAGGGCGUGGCUGCGGCCGGGGGGCCCUCGCCAGGGGGCGUGGGAGGUGGAGGUGGCGGCACGGGCCAGGCGGAGGCGGUGGUGGACGGGCUGGCCCGACUGGCGGCGACGUGCCUGGUGUCGUUCCCGGGCGAGGCGGAGCUGCACGGCAUGGUGUGCACGGUGCUGCUGCCGGUGCUGUCGCGGCGGCGGCCGCUGUGCGCCUGCCUGCUGGAGGCCAGCCCCUCCUGGGCGGAGCUGUGCUGGGCCUUCGCGGCGCGGCGGCCGCAGCUGGCGGCGGGACUGGCGCCCAAGCUGCAGCGCUGGCUCAGCCAGAGCCUGUGCCAGGCGGCAUGUGGCUUCCCCUCCGCCGACUCGCCACAGCCGCUGGCCACCUCACCCGCCGGCGCCUACAUCGCCAACCUGCUGGGCCCCACCGCCGCCGAGGUGCGCGCGCUGGCGGCCCGCCCCGACCUGGGCUCGCUGGCGGCGCGGGCCGACGUGGUGGCGGCGCUGUGCGGCAUGCUGGAGGCGCUGCGAGGCGGCGCCUGCCGCGGCGCCGCCGCUGCCGGCGCGGCGGCUCGGGCGGCGGGCUGGGCGCUGCUGGCGGGCGAGCUGCUGGGUCCGCUGCUGGCGCUGCAGCGGAGCGCGGCGGGCGAGGACCCGCGGGUCUCGGCGCUGCUGCUCAAGCUGGCGGCGGCGGUGGUGGAGCACCACGUGGGCUACCUGCAGGCCGAGCAGGCGCACGUGCUCAUGAGCUGGGUCCUGGAGCUGCUGCGGCAGUACCGCAGCGGCCGGGCAGCGCGCGUGUCAGUGGCAGCGGCGGUGGCGGCCGGCGGCGCCGCCGCCUCGGCGCAGCGGCGGCGGCAGCAUCCCUCGGCACACAGCCACCACCACAAGCACGGCGGGACCGCGACGUCGAAUGGGAACGCUGCAGGCGCGACCGCGCUGCGCGAGGACGCAGCCGCCGACGCCGCCCGCGAGCUGCGCGCGCUGCUGUCGCUGCUCACGCACAUCACGCAGCGCGACGUGGCGCUGGCGGCGGCCGCCAGCGACGGCUGGGCCUCGUCCGCUGGAUCCACGCCGCACAGCGUCACCAUGGCGGGCGGCGGCGUGGGAGGCAGCACGCCACGCGGCGGGGCGGCGGCGGCGGGGCCUGGCCCGGGCUCCUCUGCGGGCGCCGAGCAAGAGUCGGGCGUGGCGCAGGUGGUGUUGACGGGCCUGGACGUGUUGCUGCCGCUGCUCACACCCGAGCUCAUGGCCGCGGCCACAGCAGCCGGCACGGGGGCGGGCGGCGGGGAUGGAGGCGGAGGGGGCGGCAGCGGCGGGCCGGGCGGCGCGGGCGGCAAGCUGUCGCGGCUGCUGUUUGGGCUGCUCGCCUACAUGAUGGAGGUGCACCCGCACGCGGUUGUGGCGCUGCCGCCGCCGCACUUUGCCACGCUGCUGUCCUGCCUGGAGGCGGGUGCACGCGGCGCCGCGCCGCAGCAGGGGAGGAACGGCUCCGGCGCCGGGGCUGGCACCAGCGGCAGCAGCGGCACGGGCUCCACGCCGGCGACGUUCGACGGCGUGGUGGUGCAGUCGGCGCUGGAGGGGCUGGCAGGCCUGGCCAAGUACCACCACCAGUCGGUCAUGAACGGCGGCCGCGGCUUUGCCGGCCAGUGCGCACCCGGUGGGGCCGGGCCUGCAGGCGGCGGCGGCGGCGGCGGCGGCGGGCCGCUGGGGCCGUACCUGGUGCAGCUGCUGCUUGGCAUCUGCCUACUGGGUGACGCCGGGCCGGACGUGGUGGAGCAGGCGGGCGACGCGCUGCUGCCGCUGCUGCAGUCCGACCCCGCCGCCUUCGCCAGCCUGGGCCAGGCCCUGGUGCAGUCCUCGGACCCCCGUGUGGCGGGACAGGUGGGCGCGGCCCUAGCCAAGCUGGUCAGCCCAGCAGAGCCGGCCGCGGGGCCGGGAGGGGGAGGGGCCGGUGGCGGGGCCGCCAGCGACGCGGCGGCGGCGGUGGCGGCGGCCAACAGUCUUGGCCUGGACCCACGCAGUCUGGACCUGAGCCGCCUCAGCCGGCGGGUGUUCCGGGAGCGGCUGUGCAGCGUGGUCGCGGAGCUGAGGGGGCUGCUGCGGGUGCGGUAGCGCUGGGUGGGGCGAGGGCAAGCAAGGAAGGAGGGGAACAUGGAUGGGCCUUAAGGUAUGCCGUAUGCGAGACGUGCGGAUACCAUGGUCAGGCGUUGACUGGAGAGCCACGCUGUGGCAGAGGCUGGCGUGCUCGCCUCGAUCGCACUGCUUGCCCUCCUCUGUCGCUUGCCACAAUCCUGCCAUUGUACUUGGCUGCCAAAGACCAAGACGAUACGAUUGUCAGGUCUUGUAAUCCGUUUCCCGC